AAUUUUCAUCUUUUUUCCCGAUCCAACUUCAACUUCGUCCCAGGAGCGGUACAGCCAGGAGAGGGGAGGGAGGAGGAGCGGCCGGCCGGCGAUCGAUAUGCACGUGUGCUUCCGUGGCGGCGCCGGCGACAGCAGGGCCGCCAGGUCCAUCAGGGGCUUGGCCAAGAACAUGAAGGCCAUGUCUCUCAAGGCGAAGGCGGCCGGGGGCGUCGGUCAUGCGCGGCGGAGGCAGCGGAGGGAGGCAGACCCCCGCGAGCGCUACAAGGAUGGUUCGGGACCGACGUCGGCCAAGAUCGCGCCGGCGCAGCUGCAGGACGAUCGCCGCCAUGAUCAUCUGCUGCACACGGAGGAGGACUGCGACAAGGGCUGCUCUCCUUCGCUGGACGCCGACGACGAUGCGGCUGAGAAGGGCGACGACGGUGCCGAGGAGUGGGUGGCGGAGCCGGAACCGGGCGUGCUGAUGACGCUGGCGCCGCGCCCCGACGGCACCAACCGCCUCCGGAAGGUGCGGUUCAGGGACGAGCUGUUCGACGACUGGGCGGCGCAGAGCUGGUGGGCCGACAACCACGACCGCAUCGUCGAGCUCUACAGCCUUGUCAACCAGGCCGACGGCGGUGGCAACGACGACACACCUGUCACCCCAUGCCAGUCCGAAUCCGACGAAGAAGAACCGCUGCCGGAUGAUGCGAUGGCGGCCGGCGAGCCGUCCAGCGGGAGCAGGUCGAGCGGCACGGCGGGGUCGCCGAUACUGGGCCUGGUCACCGCGCCCGACACCCUCAGAGGAUGCAAAACGCCACCAGCAGUGACCUCGACACCUAAAGCGGUGGCGCCGGUGGCCCAAGAAGACGACGAGGAGGAGGAGGGCGACAUCAGCGACCACCAGCAGAGGAACACGCCGUGGACGGAGUGGGUCGAGGAGUACGAGCCCGGCGUGUUCAUCACCGUCCGGGCAUACCCCGACCACCCCCUACAGCUCCGGCACGUCGAACUCAGCCGUGAGAAGUUCGGCGAGGUAAAGGCGAGGGUGUGGUGGCAGGAGAACAAGGACAGGCUGCGCAGCUUCUACUCCUUCUGAAGCCGGCCGCAUCCAUGUCUUCGGUCUGGUUACAGAUAAACAUAAUAUGCUCAUAAUCUGCAUUGCAAGCUGAAGAAAAGGGAAUAAUGGAAUUAUAGUAGUACUCCUAUGCUACUGCACUGAAAAAGGAUACAUACAAAUACAGUACAUGUUCUAAUUCUUUUUUGUUUUGUUUUGCGGGAAACCUAAUACUUGUUCUAGACACUUGGCGAAAUUGUGUCUGCGAUUCCUGUAAUCCUCUUCAGUUGUAGUACUUACAUUAGU